CGGGCGGAGGUGCCGCCCCGGUGGUGACGGCCAUGUCCUAGGGGAGACCCACCAUGAGCCAAAGCGGGGCCUCGCGCCUGGCCGGCUCCCCGCCACCCGGGGGCUCGCUGCUGGCCCUGCUGGCCUCCGAGCCCUCCCCGUCCCCCCCCAGCGGGACACCCUCGCCCGGUCCCCCCCCGGCAUUGCUGGAAGGGGACUGGGAAGGGCGGGAGGAGCUGCGGCUGCGGGAGCUGGAGGAGGCGCGGGCGCGGGCGGCCCAGAUGGAGAAGACGAUGCGAUGGUGGUCGGACUGCACGGCCAACUGGCGGGAGAAAUGGAGCAAGGUGCGGGCCGAGCGCAACCGGGCCCGCGAGGAGGUGCGGCAGCUGCGGCAUCGCCUGGAGGCCCUCACCAAGGAGCUGGCCGGCCUGCGCCGCGACCGCGACCGGCCGGAGGAGCGCCCGCCGCCCGCCUGCCCGCCGGCACGGCUUCACAGCCGGCCCGGCACCGGCAGCCCGCCCAGCGUCGACGGGGCGGAGGGAGAGGCCGACCCUGAGCACGAGCCUGUGCGGGAUGUAGGGGCUGAGGCACCCCAAAAAGCCAAGGAGCUGGAGCUGAUGGAAAACAUCUUGACGAGCAAGCAGGACGAGAGCUGGGAGCAGCGGGGCCCCCGGGCCUCCUUUGCCCGCCAGGAACGGAGCCGCCUGCUCUGGGAGGACGUCAGCGUCGUGGAGGAGGAUGCCACCAAAGUCACCGCCCUGAAGCUGAGGCUGGAUGAGUGCCAAAAAGUGCUGCUCAAGGAGCGGGAGGACAAGCUGGCGCUGAGCAAGAGCAUCGAGAAGCUGGAGGGCGAGCUCAGCCAGUGGAAGAUCAAGUACGAGGAGCUCAACAAGAACAAGCAGGAGGUGAUGAAGCAGCUCAACAUCCUGAAGGAGAUCCACCAGGACGAGCUGGGGCGCAUCUCCGAGGACCUGGAGGACGAGCUGGGCGCUCGCUCCAGCAUGGACAAGAAGCUGGCCGAGCUGCGCGCGGAGAUGGAGCGGCUGCGCGAGAACGCGGCCGAGUGGGGCCGGCGGGAGCGGCUGGAGACGGAGAAGCUCAACCUGGAGCGGGAGAACAAGAAGCUGCGGGCGCAGAUCGAGGACCUGGAGGAGGUUCUGGCUCGCAAGCGGCGCCAGACGGCCAGCGCCCUGGACACCGACCUCAAAACCAUCCAGGCUGAGCUCUUUGAGAAGAACAAGGAGCUGGCCGACCUGAAGCACAUCCACACCAAGCUGAAGAAGCAGUACCAGGAGAAGAUGGCCGAGCUGGCCCAUGCCAACCGCCGCGUGGAGCAGCACGAGGGCGAGGUGAAGAAGCUGCGCCUGAGGGUGGAGGAGCUGAAGAAGGAGCUCGCCCAAGCCGAGGACGAGCUGGACGAGGCCCACAACCAGACACGGAAGCUGCAGCGGUCGCUGGACGAGCAGACGGAGCAAAGCGAGAGCUUCCAGGUGCAGCUGGAGCAUCUGCAGUCCCGGCUGCGGCGGCAGCAGAGCACCCCGCUUUUCGGCAAGAUGCGCAGCGCCCGCUUCGGCCCCGACGACGCUGGGGACGGCACCAGCGAUCCCGACGAGGACGAGGACCUGCAGAUCCAGGUGCCCUAGAGCCCAGGGCCAGGUGCCACCGCCGCGGGGACGUCCCAUGGCGGUCCUCUGCCCACAAGUGCCUGUCGCCGUGGGGCCCAGCCGUGCGGUGACCCUCGUAUAGAUGGGGAAACUGAGGCACGGAGCAGCGGGGAGGAAUUUAGCCAGGGAUGCUCCAAGCCCGCUGCCUCUCGGACAGUAUCCGAUGCCCCUCGGCCACCGGCAUCUCCUGGGACACAAAUGUGGCCACCGAAGCCAGCAUCACGGAGCAGCCCAGGAGGAGGAAGCGCAGGGCAGAGAGGCGCACCGAGCCCUGCAGCCAGCCACGCUCUCCUGCCCACAUUUUAUAUAUAUAUAUUAUAUAUAUGUAUGUAUUUGUAUAUGAUUUUUUUUUUUUAUUAUAAAUACAGAGCCCAGAGGGGCCCAGGCUCUG